UUGGACACAAUAAUUCAAAAAUCAACAAAUAUUGAAAAUAAGAAUUCAAAAAAAUUUAAAUUACUGGAUUAUCUGGCCAAAUGCAUUAUUUAUAUGAGAACGGGUGAUUUUAUUAAUGCUUGUGUGUUGGCUGAUAAAUCGCCAAUUUCUUCAAAAAAACAAAAACAAUUAAUUCUGGCCAUUUAUUCCUACAGUCUAGCUUGUGAAUAUGCAUUUAAGGGACUUGAAUUGGGUGAUGAUGUUGACCAAAAUUUAAAUGCAGUUUUGUCUCUCUAUACACUCGAAUUGGUUGUUUUAAUUAGAAAAAAUUGUGUUGAUGAAAAUUCUUUGCUUUUUUGUAAUAAUUUUAUGUUGGGAUCAUUUGUCUUCAAUUAUACCCAAACAUUUAUAAAUUUACCUAAAGGAAAUAGAGAAAAUGAAUCUUUUAUUUUUUGUGAUCAAACAACAAUUUUGAGGCGUUCAAAUGAAUAUUUUGAGGGAGAAGCUUGUUUAAAAAGAGCAUUUUUGUUGAGCGAAAAUAUUUAUUUUUUGAGAAGAUUUGUUUGGUUACUUGAAGAAUUUGAUGAAUUUAAAGAGGGAAUUUAUCCAUUUAUUGACGAUUUAUUCAAUUCUAUACCCGAAUUUCCUCAAGAUGCUUUUAAUGCUUGUUCGCCUGAAAGUAUUUCUAGAGCUGAUAUUAAGAUUUUUUUAUUUCGUCUUUCCCAACAUUUAAAAUGCGAAUUUAAUAUAGAAUUUACACUUCCCUGGAUAUUUUACAAAAAAUGUAAUUUAAAUCAUCAACAAUUUUGGAGUUUUGUUAAAUGUGUAAAUAAUGAGGGGAUAGCCAACAUAAACUUGAGUAUUUUAAUUCAAAUAACAACAGCAUUAGAACAAAUAAGAGAUCCAAAUAUUGAACAAAUAUUUUCUGAUGAUUUAAUAAAUACAAUAAAUUUUAUAAAAAAAUUGGGAGAAGAAAAUAAUUUUUUAAAAAUAAUUUUGGAAAGAUAUUCAAAUUUAUUAAAAAUGUUUAUGCCAGAAAAUGAUUGGAUAUUUGUUGUUGAUAAUGAAAAUAAUAAAAUUGAAGCGAAAGAAAGGGAAGAAGAAGAAGAAGGAAAUUUAAUUGAGAGAGAAGUUGUUGCUGUUGAUAAAUUGGAGGAAGAAAUUAAUAAAAUUAUUGAAGAAGAAAAAAAUUUAAAUAAAAAGCCAGAAAAGCAAUUAUUGUCAAUAUCAACACAAACAGACUACCAACAACCACCCCAACAACAACAAAAUAUCCAACAACAAAUUAAUCAACAACAACAACAACUUAAUAAACAAAUUAAAAUCAUUCAAGAUUGGGGAGAAACUAAUUUUAAUAUAAACAGAUGGAUAUGCCACAAUGCUAUGCUUUACAAAAUAUUUAAUCGAAGAUAA